AUGUGCAUUGCCACAAUCUUCGUAGAUGUUACCGAACAUCAGAUUGAAGGCCCCAGCGGUUGGGCAGUGGAAAUCAUCCCUACUAAGCAUUUUCGGCGAAAUGAAACGAACAAUCCUAAGAAGAUAUCGACAUGCAAGGACUAUAAAAUCGUGCUCCGUCGUACUUGGAUGCAACAGAGGCAUAUCUCGGGAUUGGUUCGAAUUGACCUCGAAAUCCUAUCGGAAAAUCUCUGUGAGGCUUUGAGGAAUAUUAUUAUUAAUUCCUACGAAGACACAGACCUCAAGAGUUACCCGAUAAAGCUUCGGGCCCCAUUCAAAGAGCUCUUUUUCUACCGAAAGGAGAUUAAAGACCUCUCAGAAGACGAAGACAAUGAUCCGGACCUUCGGAAGGAUGCAAAGGCACUACACGACUUUGUUCAGAAUGAUACCCUCGUGUCGAGUAUCGUCCAAGACCACGAGCGGUUCUACAACAAAGGUCAAGUUCUCAGCGACGUCCUCUGGACAAUCUACCCUCCCAAUAGUCUCGUUGUUCUCAACGCUGGUAAGCUCAGAGAAUGUUGGAUCUGCCGCAAAAUCUCCAUCAGUCGGAAAACCAAGGGGCGCGGCUGGAAGAUCACAGGCUUGAGAAUCGGGUUUGACGGCACGUCAACGGGGCUGACCCGGCAGACCAUUACUCUGCCCAUGACUGGGGUGCAGAAGCGCAAGAUCUCAGACUUGUCUUGGUCAGCAACCCUAAAAAGGGUCCUCGGCACAGAUCUACUUUCGUUCUCAUCGCAGACGUAUGACGGCCCGGCAUGGAAGGAUGAGUUUACGGAAUACGCUGUUGACUUGAAGCCUUUGCAAUCAGCGAAUCAGAUCAGUGGCGACUUCAUGGUCGAUUGCAAGGCAUAUAUUGACCGCCACUUGGAAAGCGCCCCUGAAAUCGAGGACUUGCCAAUAAAACUCAAUGGAGUCAACCUGAGGGCCAAGAUGAUGACCAAUGGAAGAGAAACGUUCCUCGAUAGGAACAAGAUCGAAAUCUCGCCUGAAUUCUCUCUGGAGGGUCUCUACGGGUUGUCGGAAGCGGUAAAAGAUGCCUUUAAUGUGUCAAAGGAGGAAUUUGAGCUGCUGUUCCCCGCCCUGGUUCCUGCAUUUGACCUCCAGGGGAACGAAUGGAAAUGGGUGCUCAGCGAUCAACUUCAGGACCGGGAGUGGAACACAGCAGCUUUUGAGUCCUUGCAGCUUAGGAGUGGCACGAAAGAUCUUGUCCAGUCUCUGAUCAAGGGACACAAGACCACAUCGACUACAUUGGAUGACGCAAUACCCGAUAAGGAACAAGGGCUAACGUUUCUCCUGCAUGGAAAGCCUGGACUGGGUAAGACCCAUACCGCGGAGCAGCUGGAGGUAAGAUUGGAAUCAAUACUUGAUCUCGCAGCACGGUGGGAUGCCGUUUUACUCCUUGACGAGGCCGAUUUACUCUUAAGAAAACGAAACGAAACCGAGGCAGAACAAGAUUCCGUUCUUGCAGAGUUCGAUGUCGCGUUUAAAAACCGCAUUCGGGUCUCCAUCUCGUACCCUGAUCUAACAGAUGAGAUGCAGUCGAAAAUCUGGAAACGAUUGAUCCAGACAAACACAGACAUUAAAUUUGACGACUCUUGGAACGACAAUGUGUUCUCAGCUCUUGGAAUGCUGAGCUUAAACGGGAGGAUGAUGAAUAGCAUCUUACGAACUGCUGUCGCAUAUGCCAAUGCCAGCCAACAGGAACUCGGAGUUCACCAUCUUUUCACAGUUCUGCAGACGGAGUUCGGCGAGGGCGAUGACUUUGAUGGGGCAUCCAUCCCCCCGGAUGGACAAGACAAGAGAAGAAAAGGUCUCGAAGAAUUGAAGGGUCUACAUGAAAUAUAUUCUGCCGCUCAUUAG